UAUUUGGAUGAUUUACAUUCGGGAAAAAUGAAGACUUUCGGCGAGUUUUUGUCAACAAUUAAAGGUUUGGUAUCGCAUGCUGGCGAUAUUCAAAAUGUCGCCCAGAAAUUAUUUAGUCAAGUUGCCCCUUCUAUAGCAGCGGCAGACACCUGUACUUUAGAUGCAAUUGUCGCUGCGAAAGGUUUAAUGGGCUUAGAGGAAUGGGCACUGAAAUUUAUUGAUGCUAGUGGUAAACCACAGCGAGGUAUAUUGAAGGGUAAUCUGGUGUUUAUGGGCAACUAUGACGAGUGUACAGAGAUUGAUCAUCUUGUGGCUGGUGAUCAUCGUAUUGAAGGUGGUUAUUGUGAGUUUUCUGUAGAAAUACCCGCACAACUCUUUAAUCAAGUAGCGGGUGGUGCUAAUCAUAUAGAGGGUGUGUCGCAUGAUUUAAGAUUGGAUCUGUGUUUGCCAAAAUCGUGUUCAGCAGAAAAGAUAAAUGCCGUUGUUAAUACAACUUUAGUCAGUUUAUUUAAAGUUGGUCUGUCAAAAUUACGGUGCGUCGAAGACAAAUCAAUGGAGGGUGACACCGGGGCCUACGUAGCUAUAGUAAUAUUUGCAAUUUUAAUAUUCCUGCUCGUUAUUGGUACACUAUAUGACAUAGUUCGGCAAUUGAGGAAAGAUACAGAUGGUGAAGCCUAUGAAUUGACGCCCAGUGAAAAAAACGGACAUGUUGGACCAGUAAUAGCUUUGACAAAGUUUGCCGAAAAUGGUGUGGAAAAAGAUAUAAAUGGGGAUAUUGGCAAAGAUAUACAUGAAGAUAUUGAAAAAAAUAAUGCACACCACAUCGAAAACAUACCAACAAAACAAGCAGAACUUGCACCGGGUAACAGCUUUUUAAUGGCAUUUUCAAUUAGAGAAAACGGGAGAAAAAUAUUAAACGCUACUCCUCCAAAGGGAAGUUUAACGUGUCUAAACGGAAUCCGAGUUAUAAGUAUGGCAUGGAUUAUUCUUGGACAUGUACUAACAACUUAUAGUGAUACAUUAGAAAACCCUACAGAAGCUUUAGAUGUUAUAAAGACGUUUUCCUUUCAACCUAUGUUAAAUGCACCCCUUGCAGUUGACACUUUCUUUGUUCUCAGUGGUUUGCUGGUUUCAUAUUUAUUUAUUAAAGAAAUUAGCAAAACUAAAAGAAUUCGAUGCAUGCAGAUGUUCAUGUACUAUUUCCAUCGAUUUUGGAGGUUGACACCCCUUUAUAUGUUGGUGUUGCUGUUCUUUGGAUUUUUAAGUCGAUAUAUAGCCAGUGGUCCCUUUGAUAAACCUGAUGUACUAUAUAGAGAUAACUGUAAAACAUAUUGGUGGAGAAACAUACUCUAUAUAAAUGUACUCUUCCCAGAAAGAGAAAUUUGUAUGUUAUGGUCGUGGUAUUUAUCUGAUGAUAUGAUAUUUUAUGUUGUUGCACCUUUAGCCAUUAUACCUCUCGCACUCGGAUUUACAGUAUUUGGAUUUUUAAUAAUAGUUUUGAUGAUGGUUACACAUAUUGUUACAUAUGGUUAUUUUGAAUGGGUUAUAGACAGUGGUUCACAACUGUGGCACAAUCAAGAAUAUAUGGACAAAGUUUAUCUGAACCCAUGGAGCAGAAUAGGUGUUUAUGCUGUUGGCUUGGCAUUGGGGUAUAUACUUUUAAAAACAAAAGCUAAAUAUCGAUUUAAAAAGAUGGGGUAA